CAAAGAAGAAAGUUCCCAGCGUUCUCACCGUGGGAUACUCCAAGAGAAAGCUGCUUCACCACAAAAACCAGCAGACUCUGUUUUAUGUCCUCCUUCGUCCACUUCACAGCACAAUAUCGUGGAAGUGAACGUCCGGAAAAACGCGCCGAACUGCUCCCGAGGAGGACUCUCGACAACAUCCACGUCAAUGGCAGAACUGUGAAAGCGAACAAACCCAGGCAAAGAGAAGACUGGAGCUGGAAGUUGGUGAAGCCCAGGAUGGUAGCAAGACUGGCAAAAUCAAAAGCCCUGCAACAGAUGGCCUCUCUGUCACAUAAGCAGAAAAGCUCUGACAUGAUCUCUAAGCCACGCCUUGACACCUCGCUCAGUCUCCUGACUAAGAGGUUUACAGAGCUGCUGAGAGCCUCCUCUGAUGGCGUUUUGGACUUGAAUGCAGUCGCCCUUGAGCUCAAUACCGCUAAGAGGCGCCUCUAUGAUAUCACCAAUGUCCUCGAAGGGAUCCAACUCAUCAAAAAGAAGUCCAAAAACAACAUUGAAUGGUUGGGUGGUUCAUUGGAUAUGGGAGAGCUCAGGAAACAAGAGAAGACACUGGACGACCUGAUCCAAAGCUGCACGGAGCAGAUUCACCAGAUGUUUGAGGACCAGCAGGUUCAGAGAUUUGUCUACUUGACACAUGAGGAUGUUCAAAGGAUCCCCAGCCUGAAAGAGCAGACGGUGAUUGUGAUCAAAGCCCCUGUAGGGACAAAACUGGAGGUCCCACAUCCACAGGAGAGCUUCCAGGUCCACCUCAAAAGCACCCAGGGUCCCAUUGAUGCGUUCAUCGUCGUCUCCCAGGAAGGCACAAACACGCCUGCGAGCGAUGUCCCCUCGCCCCGCCCUCAGAUGUCUUCCAAAGAUGAUGCUAACAGUACUUCCAAAAUCAAACGGUCACCGCACUCAUCGCCGGUUACCGUUACCCCCACCUCCACCUCCCUCACCCCCCUCCACCCCCCCUCUGGAGAUCAACAGAGUGGCGGUGUCACAGUCACUUCGCCCCUGACCGUGUCUCGUGAUGGGCAGCAAUACGUCCUGAGCCUGGAGGAGAACGAGGGCAUCACUGACCUCUUCUCCUCCUCUGUUGACCUGCAGUCUAUGCCUGUGGAUAUGACCCAUAUCUAAACAGGGUUUCCAUCAUUUUGAAAUGCAAUGAACAUAAACAAGAGACACAGGGAUUUAAAAUAAAGGAACAAAGAAGUGAGGCUGUAACCCUGAAUCGUUACACUAGAGCAUGAAACAAAUACCGGGAUAGAUCUUCUUUUGCAUUCGGUCCUGAAGGAAUGGAAUAUAGUUCUGAAGGAACCGAGGAAUUUAGGACAAAACCAGAAGAUUCUGACAUUUUCAUUUGCUUGUGCUUUCUACUCAAAGUCUAACGUCACCUCUUGGCUGCUUGUGUUGGACUUUUGGCAAAAAAUGUAUACAAUAAGCAGAUGGUGUUUGUGCACAUUUCAGCUAUAAGUUCAUAAAUUCUGAUUUGUUA